CCAUAAUGCUCAUCGCUGACAGUUGAACGCAUUUACGCGCCAUAGCGAGCGAAAGAGAGAGAAACGACGAUCAUGAGCCAUAAAGUCCCCUACAAAUGGGGAGUGAUGUGCAAUGUUUGAGCACUUUGAAGAGAGAGAAAGCGAAAAUUAAGCGAAGUUACAGGGCUAAUUGCAGAAUGUCACUCCCACAAACCACACCACUUCCUAAGCGAGGAGAGAGAAAAUCACUCAUCGCAACUCCACAACCAACGACGAACAAGAAGAAGAGAAGAAAACUUUUCUUGCAUUAUGGUCGUUGAACUAAUGAAUCGAAUUUUGGCGAUGUUUAAAUUGUGAUUUCGCCGAGUUUGAUUGAUCACUGGAAAUGGGAACUCCAGUUAACAUAAUAGUUGGCUCUCAUGUCUGGGUUGAAGACCCGGAUUCAGCUUGGAUUGAUGGGCAAGUAGUAAAAAUAAGUGGACAAGAAGCUGAAAUCGAGGCCUCAGAUGGGAAAAAGGUUGUUGCAAAAUUGUCAAACUUACACCCUAAAGACAUGGAAGCUCCUCCAGCUGGGGUUGAUGACAUGACUAAGCUAUCUUAUUUGCAUGAACCAGGAGUUAUACAGAAUCUGCGCACUAGAUAUGAGCUCAAUGAAAUCUAUACUUAUACCGGAAAUAUACUCAUCGCCAUAAAUCCAUUUCAAAGACUGCCUCAUCUUUAUGAUUCUCACAUGAUGCAACAAUACAAAGGGGCGCCAUUGGGAGAGCUAAGCCCUCAUGUUUUUGCAGUUGCUGAUGUUGCUUAUAGGGCUAUGAUAAACGAGGGAAAAAGCAACUCCAUUCUUGUAAGUGGUGAAAGUGGAGCUGGUAAAACUGAGACUACCAAGAUGCUGAUGCGAUACCUUGCUUAUUUGGGGGGCCGUUCUGCAACUGAAGGACGCACAGUUGAGCAACAAGUUCUUGAAUCCAAUCCAGUUCUUGAAGCAUUUGGAAAUGCUAAAACAGUCAGAAAUAAUAACUCCAGCCGCUUUGGUAAAUUCGUGGAAAUCCAAUUUGACAAGCGUGGAAGAAUAUCAGGGGCAGCCAUAAGAACUUACCUUUUAGAAAGAUCUCGUGUUUGCCAAGUCAGUGAUCCUGAGCGUAAUUACCAUUGUUUUUAUCUGCUGUGUGCAGCACCUCAGGAGGAGAUUGAGAAAUAUAAACUAGGAAGCCCCAAAACAUUCCAUUAUCUUAAUCAGUCAAAAUGCUUUGAUUUGGUUGGUGUAAGUGAUGCACAUGACUAUCUUGCCACUCGGAGAGCUAUGGAUAUUGUUGGAAUUAGCGAAAAGGAUCAGGAGGCAAUUUUUAGAGUAGUUGCUGCUAUUCUUCAUCUUGGCAAUAUCGAUUUUGCUAAAGGGGAGGAGAUAGAUUCAUCAGUUAUAAAAGAUGAAAAUUCAAGAUUCCAUCUCAACAUCGUCUCAGAACUUCUCAUGUGUGAUGCUCAGGCAUUGGAAGAUGCUUUACUAAAGCGUGUCAUGAUUACCCCUGAAGAAGUCAUUAAAAAAAGUCUUGAUCCUCUUAAUGCUACAGUUAGCAGGGAUGGGUUAGCUAAGACGAUCUACUCUCGACUCUUUGACUGGUUGGUUGAUAAAAUAAACGUAUCAAUUGGACAGGAUCCGAACUCAAAGUCUUUGAUUGGCGUCCUUGAUAUAUAUGGUUUUGAAAGUUUUAAGCAUAACAGCUUUGAGCAGUUUUGCAUCAACUUCACGAAUGAAAAGCUUCAGCAACAUUUCAACCAGCAUGUCUUCAAGAUGGAGCAAGAGGAGUACACGAAAGAGAAGAUUGACUGGAGCUACAUUCAGUUUGUUGACAAUCAAGACGUUCUCGAUCUUAUAGAAAAGAAACCAGGUGGAGUUAUUGCUCUUCUGGAUGAGGCUUGUAUGUUCCCCAAGUCAACUCCUGAGACAUUUGCAUCAAAGCUUUAUCAAACUUACAAAAACCACAAGCGCCUUCUCAAGCCAAAGCUGUCAAGGACAGAUUUCAUCAUUUCUCAUUAUGCUGGCGAGGUCCUAUAUCAGUCAGAUCAAUUUUUGGACAAAAAUAAAGACUAUAUGGUAGCUGAGCAUCAAGACCUGGUAACUUCUUCUAAAUGUUCAUUUGUAGCAGGUCUUUUCCCUCCAGUUGUGGAAGAGACAACAAAAUCCUCAAACAAGUCUUCUAAGUUUUCAUCAAUAGGUUCUCGUUUUAAGUUACAACUGCAACAGCUGAUGGAGAUACUAAGCUCAACAGAACCUCACUACGUAAGAUGUAUAAAGCCAAAUAAUCAUCUAAAGCCUGCUAUUUUUGAGAAUGUUAACAUCUUGCAACAAUUGCGAUGUGGUGGGGUCCUAGAGGCAAUCAGAAUCAGCUGUGCAGGCUACCCCACUCGUCGUCUUUUCUUUGAGUUUUUAAAUAGAUUUGGACUUCUUGCACCGGAGGUCUUAGAAGGGAACUAUGAUGAGAAGGUUGCAUGUCAAAACAUAUUGGAUAAGAAAGGGCUGAAAGGGUACCAGAUAGGCAAAACUAAAGUCUUCCUGAGAGCUGGUCAGAUGGCUGAACUGGAUGCCAGAAGAGCUGAGGUACUCGGUGGCGCUGCAAAAAUUAUACAGAGACGUAUUCGAACUCAUUAUGCUCGUAAACAGUUUAUUGCAUUACGUGAGGCAGCAGUUUGCAUACAGGCAUCUUUGCGAGGAAACCUGGCUAGCAAACUGUUCGAGAAAAAGAGAAAGGAGGCAGCAGCCAUAAGAAUUCAAAAGCAUGCACGUAAACUUCAAGUAAGGAAGAAGUAUAACAAACUUCGUGUGUCAGUUCUAGCCUUGCAAAUGACUUUAAGGACAAUGGCUGCUCGUAAAGAGUACCUCAUUAGAAGACGAAAUAAAACGGCAACUCUUAUACAGAGCCGCUGGCGUUGCCAUAGAGCUUCAUCGUACUAUAAAAAGCUUAGAAAAGCAUCAUUAAUUGCACAGUGCAGAUGGAGGGGAAAACUUGCGAGGAGAGAACUAAGAAAGCUCAAGAUGGCUUCAAGAGAAACAGGGGCCCUUAAGGAAGCAAAGGACAAGCUCCAAAAGCAAGUCGAGGAUCUUUCGUUGCGUUUACAGCUGGAAAAACGGUUGCGGACUGAUUCAGAGGAAGCAAAAGCUCAGGAAAUCGCCAAACUACAGAACACUGUGCAAACUAUGCAGAGCAGAAUAGAUGAGACAACUUCUUUGCUUGAAAAGGAACGAGAAGCUGUGAAAAAGACCAUUGAAGAAGCACCGCCUGUUGUGAAAGAAACCCAAGUAAUGGUUGAAGACACAGAAAAAAUCAAUCUUCUGAAAGCAGAAGUGGAAAGCUUUAAGUUUUAUGCGCUUCAGGCUUCAUUUGAAGCAGAGAAACAAAGAGCUGAUGAAUCUGAUAGGAAACUUGCUGAAGCACUAGAGUUGAGUGAAGAGAGGUGCAAAAAAUCAGAUGCCUCAGACAGAAAGAUCCUACUACUACAAGAAUCGCUUAAUAGGCUAGAAGAGAAGAUCGCCAAUUUGGAAUCAGAGAAUCAAGUUCUUCGCCAACAAGCUGUUUCAAUGGCAUCCAAUAAGUUUGGGUCAGGUCGCCAAAGAUCGAUUCUUCAGAGGGGAUCCGAAAGUGGUCAUUUUGCAGAUACGCAUCUUCGGGAUUUGCAUAGCCCUUCCAUGAAUCAUAGAGAAGCUGAAGUAGAAGAGAAACCACAAAAAUCUCUGAAUGAGAAACAGCAGGAGAAUCAGGAAUUGCUUAUCCGAUGUGUAUCGCAACCUCUGGGUUUUGCGGGGAACAGACCUAUAGCUGCCUGCAUAAUAUACAAGUGCCUCCUUCACUGGAGAUCAUUUGAAGUGGAAAGGACUAGUAUCUUUGACCGAAUAAUACAGACAAUUGGUCAUGCUAUCGAGAAGGCGCAGGAUAACAAUGAUAUCUUGGCAUAUUGGCUGUCUAAUGCCUCAACUCUUCUUUUGCUGCUGCAACGCACUCUGAAAGCAAGUAGCGCAGCUGGAAUGGCACCACAACGCCGCAGAACAUCAUCAGCCACUCUUUUUGGGAGGAUGAGCCAGAGUUUCCGAGGAACUCCACAUGGAGUAAGUCUUGCCUUUGUCAAUAAUGGCAUGACGGGUGGUACAGAUUCUUUGCGCCAAGUUGAAGCCAAGUACCCAGCUUUGCUUUUCAAGCAACAACUUACUGCAUAUGUUGAAAAGAUUUAUGGACUGAUUCGAGACAAUCUUAAGAAAGAAAUUUCGCCACUGCUUGGAUUGUGCAUCCAGGCUCCACGAACAUCGAGAGCAAGUAUAGUCAAGGGUUCAUCACGUUCAGUGGCAAACACUGCAGCCCAGCAAGCACUGAUUGCUCACUGGCAAGCAAUUGUUAGAAGUCUCGCGAACUUUUUGGGCACAUUGAAAGGAAAUCAUGUGCCUCCAUUUUUGGCUCGGAAGAUAUUCACACAAAUAUUCUCAUUCAUCAAUGUUCAAUUAUUCAACAGCCUUCUUUUAAGGCGUGAAUGCUGUUCAUUUAGUAAUGGUGAAUAUGUUAAGGCAGGUCUGUCUGAGCUUGAACAUUGGUGCUACCUUGCAACUGAAGAGUAUGCAGGUUCAGCAUGGGAUGAAUUGAAGCAUAUUAGGCAGGCCAUCGGUUUUCUGGUCGUACAUCAGAAGCCAAAAAAAUCCUUGGAUGAAAUAAGCCAUCAGCUUUGCCCUGUUCUUAGUAUCCAACAGCUGUACCGGAUUGGCACAAUGUACUGGGAUGACAGGUAUGGCACCCAUAGUGUGAGUCCAGAGGUUAUAUCUAGCAUGAGGGUGCUAAUGACAGAAGACCCUUCAGUUAGCAAUUCUUUCCUCUUGGAUGAUGAUUCGAGCAUUCCAUUUUCUGUUGACGACAUAUCGAAGUCAAUGGAUAAUACGGACAUCUCAGAUGUUGAACCGCCGCUUCUUAUCCGUGAGAACUCGGGCUUCAGCUUCUUAUUGCCUCGUGCUGACUAAAUUACUCACACAGUGACACCUGUUUGAGAUGGCACUGAUUUUCUAAUAUAUAGUUUUCGAGUCUCUCCUGAAGUCCACUUUGCUCUAAAGAAAGAAAUAGGAAGGUUGAUGUCUUAUCUUUUGCUCUUUUAUUUUUAGAUAGCAAUUGUAGAAGAAUGUAUAGUUCCUCAAUGUUACGGGGCUUCAGUUAGUUUAGGGAUGUCAAUGUCAUCCAAAUAUUGUCCUUCCUGGUUUUAAUUGCAUAAGCAAGUUUUAGUGCAAAAAUGAAGAGCCUGCGAAAACUUGCCUAGUUGCACUUUGUACAUGGAAAUUUUUAUUCAUUAUAGAGAAGUACUCCUGAUGGGUUUCUUCUCUCUUUCUUUCUCCUCUUCCUAGUCUCCAAUCUUAAGGGAUUCAUAUGACAAGUGUAACAUUUUAGGUGGUAUCUCUAAUCCAAAUACUGUUCUUUAAUUUUAAA